AAAUAAGAAAGAAAUAAAUAAUUCAGCAAACAUUUGUGAAUGUGGGGAGGAGCAUUUCUUUUGUUUACGCUAGUCGCUGGCCAGCAAUGACGACCAGCAGAUCAGCGGCAGCCGCGUCAUACGGGCGACCGGCUUUCUGGAAGGUGCCCGGAUCCGGCUACGAAUCGCCACCCCCUCGCCAAUCCUACUCGAGAGCUCCACCACUGCCUCCACCCAUUCUGCCACCCCCCGGGCGUCGGAGAAGCAGCAGCGGACUGAAGAAACGCGUCCGUUUUGCCGACGAAGCAAACGUGGGGGUGCAGGUGGGCAGCCCGUCAUAUGGGGAGCUUCUUCGCGGCGAUAUCAUAGCCAAGAUCGGCGAGUACGAUGCACGCGACUUGAGUCAUGCGGACGCCCAACAGCUGUUCCGCGGUGCUGGCAACGACAUCCGAUUGGUGGUGCACAGGGAUAACAAAAUCGCUUAUACGCAGGGCGUUAGCCAGGAUGCUGGCCCCGGAUCCCGUAGCAAUUCGACUCUGCCUCCGGCCAGUCCGGAUCUGUUGCCCCACCGUGGACCCUCGCCGUUUUUGCCCGGACCCAGUCACUUCGAGCGAGCCCUUCAGUUGCCGGUGGACACUCUACCUCAGACUGUGUUUCCCCAGCUAAACGCGUCAGGAGGAUAUGAGAUUCCUUCGAGUGUAUUCUCUCCAAAGCCGACAAGGGAUCAUCAGCAGGAUGUGGAGGAGGAGCAGGCUGCCAUUGUGAACCAGCCCUACCGAACAACUCCUCUGGUCCUGCCGGGCGCUAAAGUGAAGAAGGAUGCGCCCACGACAGAGUCCUACCUGAGGCACUACCCCAACCCGGCUGUGCGCGCCCAUCCAGGACACGACUACCAUGACAGUAUCAUGAAGCAGCGCGUGGCCGACACCAUGCUGCACAAGGUUGUUGGCUCCGAGGCCGACACUGGCCGCGUCUUCCACAAGCAAUUCAACUCGCCCAUCGGUCUGUACUCCAACAGCAACAUCGAGGAUACCAUCAGGACAACAGUUCCCUUCGCCACAAGCGAAAGCAAUCGCUUGAAGGACAGUCCUUUGCAUCGUCCUUUGCCAACAAAACUUAACGGAAUUUUCAUCGAUCUAUCUUUCCUGGAACAAAAACGUAUAAUCCUGGAGCAACAAAAGCAAAAAGACCAACUUGCAGAGCAACAACGCCAACAUCGCCAGCAGAAACUGCAACAACUCUAUCAACAAAACAAAUGAUCAAAGAAAUAGUAGCCACAAAAAGUCUUUCCAACUAGACCCCCAAAACCCCACCCUGCUGAAAAUCCCAGCCCUUUUCCUGCCCAGCCCCUCCCCCUAUUAGGACUAAUCUUGGUUUUAAAAAAGUUUGCUGAAUUAUAUUUACGAUUUUUACGAAAAAAACUGUUUGAAAGACAGCACUGAAAGUUCCUAUUCAUCAACCCCCUUUCCAUAAAAAAGCCAUUGCAACCCUCCCUCCAGUAUUAAUACAUUUUUGAUCCUAAUCCUAAUAAAACCUAACCCCUUCCCUAUCUCAAGGCUUCAACUCAUACGACGAAAUCUGAUUAAAAUUAAUAAAAAUCUCACACUUGUUAUGCAGUUCUGUUCGAUUACUUUUAUUAACUAGUUCGUAAGGAAUUUGUUAAUGAGUUUCCUAUUAAUCGCAAAUUGUUUGAGGAGUGUGCCAUUAAAAGGACAAUUAAGCACACCGAUAAACAUCAAAAUAAAAUUUAUAAAAAUUACAAAAAAUACUACAACUACAAACAAAACAAAAUAAUUCUAACGUAUUUUGUGCACAUCCUGUUUUCUCUUUCUAUUCUCUCACUACUCUGUCUCACGCUACUCAACCGAUGUAAAAAAAACAAACAAACCAAAAAAACCAAAUAUAUUUUGUUAAUUCAUUUAAAUGAAUGAAUUUCGAUUAACCAACAAACAAUAAAACGACUUAAAAUAAAUCUAUUGAAAAACAUACGCAUAACCCCAAAAAAAAACCAACGAAUAACGGCGCUUUCAACGAUCUCAAAAUGCAAAAACCCCCGAAACUGAUAACGAUAACGAUACCAAUCGAUACCAAUACCGUUACUGAUCACUGUUAACUGCCAUCGAGCAGCUAUAAGAAAACUGUCGUGUACGAUCCCAGGAACAGCGAUACCUACAGAGCCA